CGCCUUCCACACUUCAUGCCAGAAAACUGUGUCCACAUUGCCAUGGGUGUUUUGGUUGGUGGGAUUAUUUUUGGCACCAAGCACAAAUCUCCACCAGUUAUGACUACCAGCAUUUAUUUCUUAUACCUCCUUCCACCCAUUAUCCUUGAAGGAGGCUAUUUUAUGUCCACCCGUCCCUUUUUUGAAAACUUUGGUUCAAUUCUUUGGUGGUCUGCAAUGGGCUCCCUCAUAAAUUCCUUUGGCAUUGGAUUGUCACUUUAUGGAAUUUGCCAGAUCACACCUUUUGGCCUCCAGGAUGUGACCCUGCUUGACAGCCUGUUAUUUGGUAGCAUGGUCUCAGCAGUGGAUCCAACAGCUGUCUUAACUGUCUUUGAGGAGAUGUCUGUCAAUGAACAACUCUACAUGAUGAUAUUUGGAGAAUCCUUAUUAAAUGAUGGGAUUACUGUAGUCCUAUACAAUAUAUUCAUUGACUUUACCCAGAUGCAUAAAUAUGAAACAAUUGAAUCCGUUGACAUUCUAGCUGGCUGUGCUCGCUUUUUUGUAGUCAGUCUUGGAGGGCUGCUGUUUGGCAUCGUCUUUGGAUUUGUGGCAGCUUUUAUGACUCGGUUCACCCAAAACAUUUCUUCCAUUGAACCUCUCUUGGUCUUCAUGUUCAGUUACCUGUCCUAUUUAACCGCGGAAACACUUUACAUAUCUGGCAUCUUGGCGAUUACAGCAUGUGCAGUGACAAUGAAGAAAUACGUGGAAGCCAAUAUUUCUCAAAAUUCCUACACAACCAUAAAAUACUUCAUGAAAAUGCUCAGCAGUAUCAGUGAGACCCUGAUCUUCGUGUUCAUGGGAGUGUCUACAAUUGGUCGGAACCACGAAUGGAACUGGGCGUUCAUUGGCUUCACCCUGAUUUUCUGCGUGCUUUGGAGAGCUCUAAGUGUGUUCUUUCUGUUCUCCAUUUGCAACAAGUUCCGCACUUACAAAUUUACUUUCAAGGAUCAACUUAUUGUUACCUAUAGUGGGCUAAGAGGAGCCAGCAGCUUCUCCCUUGCGUUUUUGCUUCCUACAACCCUCUUCCCUAGAAAGAAGAUGUUUAUCACCUCUACUAUUGUGGUGAUAUACUUUACUGUUUUCAUUCAGGGAAUCACCAUUAGACCACUGGUAAAAUACCUAGAUGUUAAGAAGACCAAUAAAAAAGAAUCAAUAAAUGAAGAAAUUCAUAUGCGAAUGAUGGAUCAUUUAAAAGCUGGAAUUGAAGAUAUAUGUGGACACUGGAGCCAUUAUCAACUGAGAGACAAAUUUAAGAAGUUUGACAAUAAUUUUCUAAAGAAGAUACUACUGCACAAGCAACAGCCUAAAUCCAGCCUUGUUUCUUUAUAUAAGAAACUGGAAAUCAGACAAGUAAUUGAAAUGGUAGAAAGUGGGAGCAUGACACCUAUGACUUCCAAAUCAUCUUCUCUGAGACGCAGGAAUGAAAGAAUACAGAAACUUUCCCCUAAAGAUGUAGAAUCUAUGCAGAACAUGCUGGCACAUAAUCUGUAUCAAGUGAGGCAAAGGACGCUAUCAUACAACAGAUAUAACCUUACCACCGAAACAAGUGAAGAGCAAGCCAAAGAAAUCCUUAUUCGACAUCGAUACAGCAUGCGGCAGACCACAAGGAAAGGUCACAGCUUACCAUGGGGAGGGCAGGCUUCCAGUAAAAGCCUACGUUAUUUAUCCCUGCCCUUUGGUAAUUCUCAACCAAUUAGAAGAACAACUAGGAUUGAUGAUGAUGAUCUAACAGGUUACGGUAGCAGUGAUUCCGAGUCUGUCUUCAUGAUGCAUAAUUCAAAGGCUGGACCAAGGUCACCUCAGAAGAAACACCGCCAGCAGGAAGAAUUUCUCCCAAUGGAGCGAAUGCAUUCACGAACUAAUCCAGCCAGUUUUACAAGGCAGAAAAGAACAAAUCAACAGGAUCAGGGGGCCAGAAUACAAAAACCACUUUUAGCCCCGAAGCCUCAACUUAAUGCUGUUCUUGAAACUGAUACUCAGGAACUUGAGUCAGAGGAUGAGGUCAACAGGGCCUCAUGCCCUACAGCACCUGUUGUAGUAUGGGCGGCAGAAACCAGAGGCAAAAACCAUGCUUAUCGGUCCAAAAGACACUUUACUCAAAGAAAAAAGUGA